UUUUGAAAUUUGUCCAAAUAUCAACCAAUCAACUUCCGUGUAAAAAUAAGUUAUUUAAAGGUUAUGUACUUUAAAGUGCCGGGUGACGUUUAUGCACUCCGAUUAUUUUGUUUUUUUUUUGUUUAUUUUAUUAUUAAAAAAAAACAAUUUAUGGUUUAAUUAGGAAUGUUGUGCUACGUCUCCAUAUUGUUGAAAAAGAUUCUUUUAAUACCAAGUAAAUCGCAAUAUUAAAGUGAAAUUGUUCAAAUGUUUACAAUUUGCAACUGUCAUUGAUUUGUUUUAAUUUCGUUAAAUUUUUUGUUGUGUACCGUGCAAAAAAUGAACGAAAAUAGACAAUUUGUUGAAAAAGGAACAACUAUUUUAAUAGCCAAACCUUUUUCUUAUGUCUUGAGUUCAAAGCAGAUUAAAAAUAGAUGUGACAAUUGUCUCAAAAGUGGGAAACUGUUAAAAUGUUCUGGUUGUCAUUAUGUGAAUUACUGCAAUCGUGAUUGUCAAAGGGAUGCUUGGAAUAUUCAUAAACAAGAAUGUAUAAAUUUAAAAAGAAUUGCUCCUCGUGUUAUUCCGGAUGCUGCUCGUCUAAUGGCGAGAAUAAUUGUCAAACUGAACAGCGGUGGAGGAGAGGAGAAAGGAUAUUAUUCCGAUCACAGUUUUAGAAAAUUUAAAGAUUUAAUGUCCCAUUAUUCGGACGUAAAAGAGGAUAAAAGGCGAAUGGAACAUUUCACUUCACUUUGUGGUGUUUUAUUUGAAUUUAUGGGAAAAUCCGAACUUCCUAAUCCAGCGGAAUUAAUGGGAAUUUAUGGGAAAAUUUGCGUUAAUUCGUUUAAUAUAUUGGACAAUGAUAUGAAUAGUAUUGGAGUUGGCAUUUAUUUGUCACCUUCAAUUCUCGAUCAUAGCUGUAAACCAAAUGCUGUUGCAGUUUUUGAAGGGACAAAAAUUAUAAUCCGAACAAUUGUCGAUGUUCCUCGUUUCGAAUGGUCGCAGAUAAAAAUUUCGUACAUCGAUUUAAUGAAUUCGAGAGACACAAGACAGGCGGAAUUGAUGAGUACAUAUUAUUUUUUAUGUGAAUGUGAAAAAUGCAAAGAACCUGAACCACUGACGGAAUCAGCAAUUUGUCCAGAAAUAUCGUGUUCAAAAUAUUGUGACAUUAAUGAGAAUAAUUGCUCACAUUGUGGAAGAGAAUUAUCUAAAGAAUUAGUUGAAAAAUUUGAGGAGGCAAGGGAUUUUACGGAAAAUCAUUUGCAAAAUAUGAGGAGUAUGGCUUAUAUCGAUAUCAGUAAAAUGUGUUUAAAGAAACAAAAAGGAGUUUUUCAUCCUCUUAAUUUGCAACACGUACGAGUAUUGGAAUCAGCAUUUGAUGCCACGGUUACAUUGACAUAUUGGGAAGACGCUGAGAAUUAUGCUCUGCAAUUGAUUCCCGGAUAUUUACAUUAUUACGAGAAAAUACAUCCUUUGACAGGUCUUUUGUAUCUUUUACUAGGAAAAAUUCAAAUGCAUUUAGGAAAAAUUAAAAAAGCUUACGAGACUUUAAAAAUAUCUCGUUCUAUUUUAUUAAUCACUCAUGGUGAAAAACAUUCGGUACUAAUGGAAAAUCUAAUACCAUUGCUUUCUCAAGCAAUUGGUGAAAUCCGUGGAAUUAAUAAUUAAAAUUUGGGAAGGAAUUUUUAUCACAAAAUUUGUGAGUCUAUAUUCUGAGACACGAUAUUGAAAUAUUAAAUCAAACUACGAUCUCAUUCCAAAAAAAAAAAAACUUUUAACAAAAUUAUCUAAUAGUUGAAAAAAGUGUCUUUUUUAAUUUAAAUUUGUAAAUAAUUUUAAUUAAAAUUUUAAAUAAUGAA